AUGGGACGGCAUGCGACCAGACUGGUCCUGGGCCAGGAAGCUCGGAUGGUGCGAGAACGCUUCUCUGAUCGUAUCAUGGGAAGCCGUUAUGUCGUGACAUGGAAGGAAGAAGAGGACGCACCAGUCCGUGUGAAAGCCCGCUGGUGUCUGCAAGGACACCUGGAUCCUGAUUUGCAAACCAAGGCUUUGGCAGGUGACCUUCAGAGUCCUACGUUGUCACAGUUGGGUCGUGCCUUGUUGUUUCAGACCAUAGCAUCUAAGAAGUGGACCUUGAAGAAGUGGACCUUGGCUCUAGGGGAUGUUAAGGGUGCGUUCCUGUCUUCAGGGGCACUGCCAGAGCGUUAUCGACCGCUCUAUGCCCGACUCCCGGCUGGGGGCAUCCCUGGAGUACCCUCUGAUGCCUUGAUAGAGGUUCUAGGAAGGGUCUACGGUUUGAACGACUCCCCUAGUGCUUGGAGUAAGACCUUGAAUGCUGCACUCUUGGAGGUAGGGUUUGAGCGAUCGAGGUUGGACCCGUGUCUGUAUUACAUGCGCGACAAGGGUGUCCUCACAGGCAUUUUCGGUGUGCAUGUUGAUGACAAUGCCACAGGCGGAGAAGGUGCUAAGUACCAUCAGGCACUAGAAGCUCUCAAGAAGAAGUUUGAAUUCCGCAAGUGGAAUGCCGAGCUCACGCCCGAUGAAAUCAAGUGCUUCAGAGCGAUCAAUGGCAGCUUGAACUGGUUAGCUACCCAGUCUAGGCCCGACUUGUCAACACAGGUCUCCUUCGCUCAGCAAUCCUUGCCCACGCCUCGUGUCUCCGAUGCACUUGCUGUCAAUCAAGCAAUUCGACGUGCGCGACAGCAUGCAGCCCUGCCGCUGGUGUACCAAUCAAUACCACUUGAGCAAUUGACGGUGAUGGUUCACUCUGAUGCUGCUUAUUAUGCUAAUGGCAAAGAUGGUGCAACUCAGGCAGGCUACAUGAUCAGUUUCACAGAGCAGCAGAUGCACCAUGGAUCACUUGUGAGCUGGACCCCUGGGUUUUGGAAAAGUUAUAGGCUCCCCCGGGUUGUUAACUCCACCCUUAGUGCCGAAGCUCAAGCGAUGGUGAUGGCCACCGGAAUGGCUGAAUGGUCUUUGUUGCUCAUGAGUGAAUGUAUCGAUGGUCGCACCUUUUUGCAAUCGAUGUGGAACACCGCCAGCCGUCGAGAGUCUCUUGUUGUCACAGAUUGUAAGAGCUUGUUUGAUCAUGUGCAGUCGCAAUCGGCACCAACUCUAGAUGAUCGUCGUACUGCUUUAGAUAUCGUCAUACUUCGAGAAAGCCUGAGCAAAACCGGCGGAUCUCUCCGUUGGGUUCCAACAACCUUUAUGCUUGCUGACUCUCUCACGAAAGAGAGUCCCGAGGCUUUCGAUCUGUUGCGCGGAUGCAUCCGUCGAGGUUACUAUCAAAUAUGCCCGGAGUCUGUGGUGCUCCAAACUCGUGCUGAUGAGCGUGCUCGCCGGAAAGAGCUCGCCAAGACUGUCCCUACUCCGGAUGAGGCUGAUAGUAAGAAGGGUAAAAAGUAG